AUGAUUUGCGACUUAAAACCCGAACAAAAUGUUUGGAAGAUAGCUAUUUGUGUCGAUGUAUGGGACGUCAAGGGACACAAAGGCCAGCAGCAUGUUGAAGCUAUUAUUCAAGAUGCAAAGACUGAUCAAAUCUAUGUUGUAACCCGCUCCCGUGACUUUGAUGUUUGGAAGAAGACCUUGCAGGAAAUGCAAACCUAUAUAGUCUAUAAUGUUGAAACUAUGAUCAAUGACAUGCCGUCGAAAGUUUGUGAUAACAAAUACAAGGUGUUUUUUAAUCGUGCGACAAUUAUCACUGCUGUUGACGUACCAGACAUUCCAGAACAUCAAUUCAACUUCAAGUCGUUUACUGAUAUCUUAAGUGGUGAUUUCAUUGUUGAUCGCCUUUACGGUGCUUUCGAACAAGUUGUUACGAAUCAAGUCGCAGGUGCUGGGAGAAAAGCCUGCGUGAACCUCACUUUAUCGGAUGAAUGCAUGCUGAAAUGGCAGAUGAGGGUGUUCAGCUAAAGACUCUUCAAACAAUAUAAAUAAUUUUUCAGUCAUGUUUACACCCUGAAAAUGAGGUCAGAUUCAACAAUAUGAACUAUGUGUUACUGUUUGCCAUUUGUAAACUGUAUUAUAAUAUCUUAGCUGGACCUUGAAAUUAGUAGAUAGGCUGAUUGUAGACAGAUAAUUUUCAAAGUACAAGUAAUGAAUCUAAAUAAAGACCAUGUAUUGUGAUAUGGGUUUGGUUGAUAUAGUUAAGACAUUCUGGUUGGAUAGUUUUCUCAGUAGAGAUAUUGAACCUUUUCCAAAAUUUAAGAAGA